GCCUACAAACACCAUCCACCACCAAUCGUCAAAAAAAUAAUCUGAAACCCCCCAAGAAUCACUCCUUUUUCUCACGCUCAGUGCACGUUUCCUGUGUCUGCGACUGCAUGCAAUAUGGCAACGCUGGAGGCUGCUGCUGCUAUUCCGGGCCUCCGAUUCCGGCCACAACAAUCCACUUUAAACCCACCGAGGACAAGACUCUCGAGUGCCGCCGUCGGUCGGAAAAUCCACCGGCUAUCGCUCAAGUGUUGUUCGCUCGUCGAAGAACAAGUUUCUAAAGCAGCAGCAGCUUUUACAGAGGACGAAACUUCACUCAUCGAUGCUUUGAUCGGAAUCCAAGGCCGCGGCCGCUCCGCCUCCUCGCCGCAGCUACAGGAAGUUGAAAGGGCAGUUCAGAAAUUAGAAGGUUUAAAGGGUGUACCUGAUCCAACGAGUUCCAGCUUAAUCGAAGGCCGUUGGCAGUUAAUGUUCACGACAAGACCUGGAACAGCUUCCCCGAUUCAGAGAACAUUCGUUGGGGUCGACUCUUUCAAUGUAUUUCAAGAGGUGUUUCUUCGAACCGACGAUCCACGUGUUUCCAAUAUUGUAAAAUUCUCCGAUUUUAUCGGUGAAUUGAAAGUAGAGGCAGUGGCAUCAGUUAAAGAUGAAAAACGAAUCCUAUUCCAAUUCGAUAGAGCUGCUUUCUCGUUUAAAUUUCUUCCUUUCAAAGUACCAUACCCUGUACCGUUUAAACUUCUUGGAGACGAAGCAAAGGGCUGGUUGGACACUACUUAUUUGUCUCAAUCGGGCAAUAUCCGUAUAUCUAGAGGAAACAAGGGGACCACGUUUGUACUGCAAAAGAAAACCGAGCCUCGACAGAAAUUGCUAUCGGCUAUUUCGAGUGGUGCACAAGUGAAAGAGGCGAUUGACGAGUUUAUUACUACCUUAAAUCGAAGUACGGUUACUAAAAGUGAAAUUGAACUUAUUGAAGGGGAGUGGCUCAUGAUAUGGAGUUCACAGGAAGAGACGGAGAGUUGGAUAGAGAAUGCUGCAAAGGGUUUAAUGGGAAAGCAGAUUAUCAGGCCGAACGGUAACAUUAAAUUUCUAGUCGAUAUCUUAUUUGGUCUCAAAUUCUCAAUGACCGGGAAAUACGAGAAAUCCGGGUUCAACACGUAUGACGUGGCGAUGGAUGACGCAGCAAUAGUGGCUGGUCCGUAUGGGAUUCCUGCAGAAAUGGAAACCGGCUUCGCAAUAGAACUGCUAUAUAGUGAUGAAAAGAUGAGAAUUAGCCGAGGCUAUAAAGAGAUUCUUUUCGUUCACGUUCGGUCUUGAGAGACGAGUACUUUGCAUAUAUUAAUGUUGGAAAAUACUCGAUUGUUGUUUGAUUUUUGAAACAUUAAAAGUCAAUAAGAAAUUCAUUUGUAUAUA